AUGUUAAAUUUUUUUGUGUUGAUUUACCUGGAUCAGGAGAACGGCAGACUGACCACUCCAGCCUUCAAAUCUCGCCAGAACAGACUGCACUCGGCUCCAGAUCAGUGCUUGAGAACACCUCUGACAGGAAAGGCACGUCUGGGCGCUCCUCUGCUGUCCACCCGUAAAGCUUUGGGUGUCAUAAAUAAGGUUGUUGCCACUCCAGCAGGCUCUCAUAAAGCAGAGGAGAAGACUAAACCUGCUGAAGCCAAGUGUAAGGUUCCUGCUCAGCCAGCUAGUGAGGAGUUACCAGAGAUUGAGAAGUGUUUUCCAUACGAUCCAAGCGAGUUUGAGACCUAUGGUGUUCCAGAUGAAGUCUACCUCAGCCGUUUCUCUCUGGCUGGUCUGGGAAGACAGGUGUGGCCGACUGCUUCACCUGUGGAAGAGCUGCUUAUGGACCCAUGUUUGCCACUCUCACCUUUAAAGAUGCCCAGAGCAGUGGAAUACGAUGAUGAAAUGGAGGCGUUCCUACAGACGAUCAGUGAGCUGACUGUUGACCUGCCCCCGGAGUGUGAACUCUAAACUUUGUGGAUUGUUAACUUUGUACUUUUUAAAUUGUUUGCUUGCUUUACUGUUAUUAAACAUUUUAUGAAA